GGAUCCCUUCGGCAGGUCUGAGUUGCAAACUCAAAGCUGUGAAAUUAAAAAAAAAAAAAGUAAUAAGAAGCAAGUGAGAGUGCACAAUUUACUUCGACAAGAUAAAAAACUCCUCUCCAGGAUGGGCCUGCCGCUGAACUUCACCUCGGCACAGCAAUCAAUUACCAACGAGACCAACUCCCCUGACGAAAUCCAAGACCUGCUUGAGGCUGCUAGAUAUGCAGACAUGGAUGACGUGAUGAGCUCGUCAUCUGCAGCAGAUGAGGCAGAGGACGAGGCUAUGCCAGGGGUCCCUGCCACUGCCGCAUGGGCCGAGGGAGCUCAAGAGGCCCCAUCCCAACUCAGUGCCUAUAUAGAGAGACUUGAGGGUGAUGUCAGUGCACUUCUUGAGGGCCAGCGACUACUGAAGGAUCAGGCCAGACAACUGUUAGAGGGCCAGCGAUUACUGAUGGAUCAGGCCAGAGAGCUGUUAGAGGGCCAGCGACUACUGAAGGAUCAGACCAGAGAGCUGUUAGAGGGCCAGCGCGAGAUUAAGGGUGUUCUUUUACGUAUACAGGCAUGUUUGAGCCAACAUUCGCCUUCUCCAUCACACGGUGGCCACUCUCCCCCGACCCCACCAGCACUAGCUCUAGUACCACCAACUUUUAAUGAUCAGGACCAGCCCGCAACCUAAGGCGCAGGACUUUAGCCUUCUUUUAUGUUAUUUCGUGUUAUGUUAUGUUUUCUCAGACUUUGUGUUUUGUACUGAUGUUAGCAAGGGUCUAUGCUCUGCUAACCUCUAUGUUUUUGCUUUCUUAUGUUAUGUUGUGUUUGAUGUGUUUAA